UGCGAGGUUUUGUUGUCCUUGACUGGUUGCUGUUUGUGAAGGUUUUUUUUACCUCCUUUUCUUUUUGUGAAGCAGAGAAGCUAUGUUUCUGAAAACUGCGACGAAUGCGAAGAUUGGAUUGAAGUUUUUAUGCGUAGGGAACAGGUCCCUGUCAGUUUUAGGCAGAGAAAGUGUGCGAGAUUUGGGUUCCAAAGAUGGGGAGCUGAGAGUUUUCAUCGUCGCUGGGGAGGUUUCUGGCGACAUUAUUGCGUCUCGUUUUAUGAAUUCUUUAAGAAAGCUUUCCCCUUUUCCCGUCCGUUUCACGGGCGUCGGAGGAUUGAUGAUGUCGCAGCAAGGGUUGGAUACCUUGUUUCCCAUGGAGGAUAUUGCUGUCAUGGGCAUUUGGGAAUUAUUGCCGCAUCUCACCAAGUUUAGGCUCAGGCUAAACCAGACGGUUGAAUCAGCGCUAACUUUUCAGCCACAUGUUGUGCUCACAGUUGACUCCAAGGGCUUUUCCUUCCGCUUUCUCAAGCAUUUGCGAGCUAGAUAUGGUCCACAAGGACUUGCUACUCCUCAACACUUUCACUAUGUAGCUCCGUCGUUUUGGGCGUGGAGAGGAGGUGAAUCGAGACUUAAAGGACUUGUGGGGUUUGUCGAUCAUUUGUUCUGUAUCCUUCCGUUUGAGGCACAAAUCUGUAGAUCAUAUGGACUCCCUGCUACAUUUGUUGGCCAUCCAGCACUAGAAGAUGUUUUCGACCUCAAGAAUAACAAAUGCAUGGACAGGGAGUGGAAGGUUCAAGGUGAUGCCGAGGAAUUUAGAAAGAAAUAUGGGGUGCCCUCAGGAUCAAAAAUCAUUUCUGUGCUGCCCGGAAGCCGAGUGCAAGAGGUCACCCGCAUGCUUCCAAUAUAUGCACGCACUCUGGAACUAAUCAAAGAUUUCUUCUCGGAGCUGACAGUAGUAAUCCAUGUGGCCCCUAAUAAGCAUGUGCAAGACUAUAUAAGUGACACUGUUCACAAGUGGCCUGUACCUGUUGUAUUGGUUCCGGGUGGAUCGACAUGCACGAAAUACAAUGCAUUCAGUGCAAGUCAAAUAGCACUAUGCACGUCUGGGACCGUGGCAGUGGAAAUGCAGCUUGCUCGUUUACCUUGUGUUGUUGCAUAUCGAGCAAAUAUCCUGACUGAACGGUUCAUACGAUAUAAAGCUAAAGUACCUUACAUCUCACUUCCAAAUAUUGUCCUAGAUUCACCUAUAAUCCCUGAAACUCUUUUUGAAGCGUGCACUCCUCCACAGUUAGCUCCAGUUCUCCUGGAGUUGAUGCACGAUGAGAGCCUUCGUCAACAACAGAUUACUGCUGCCAAUAAGUUUCUGAGCUUGCUGAAUCCUCAACAAAAAGUAGAUGCAGACUCGAUAUGUAAUCCGUCUUUUGAGUACACACCAAGUGUAGUGGCUGCAUCAGCAGUAUUAAGUUCUACGGUGGGCACUUCAGUUUAGAGAUUUUUCUGUCCGAAUAAUUUCCUACUGAGUUUCUUACAUGAUGUGAUUGUUUUGCUUACUAUGAAAAUUCUGGGGAAAAUAUUCACUUAACUUCUUGUCAGAUAUGGUAGAAAACAAUCUUCAAUAUUUUGCUCUUAAAA